AUGCCGUCGCUCGGUUUCCUCAAGAAGAAGCGUACCAAGGACUCGCAAGCGUCCGAGCAACAGGUAACUUCGCGAUCCUCCGGCUCUGCCACCACGCCCAUCACACCCACCCUCUCCUCCAAGAACAGCAAGGUCUACUCCGAGCCCGACCACACUUCCACCUCUGCAGACACUCCCCAGCAAUCCUCCACAGCCGUUGCGCCUACCACCCCGAAACCGGAUGCCCCAAUGGGCGCCCAGGUGCAGCCGUCCAUCCAGAACCUCAUGAACCAGCCGGGCUACACCGCGUCGCAACAUGACUCUGCCUUCUCCGGCAUGAGCGCCAACAACAAUGUACCCGUGAUCAAUGCCCCGACCAGCAAGCCGACCACGAAUCCCCUCCGAGAGACAAAGGGCAAGUACACCUUGGCCGACUUCCAAAUAUCACGUACCCUGGGAACUGGCUCAUUUGGAAGAGUGCAUCUGGUACAGAGCAAGCACAACCAGCGCUUCUAUGCCGUCAAGGUGCUCAAGAAGGCACAGGUGGUGAAGAUGAAGCAGGUAGAACACACCAACGAUGAGCGCAAGAUGCUGCAAAGAUGUCGGCAUCCUUUCCUCAUCACACUCUGGGGCACCUGGCAGGAUUCCAAGAAUCUGUACAUGGUCAUGGACUUUAUCGAGGGAGGUGAGCUGUUCAGCUUGCUCCGGAAAUCCCAGCGUUUCCCCAACCCUGUCGCCAAAUUCUACGCCGCUGAGGUCACCCUGGCACUCGACUAUCUACACAGCAUGAACAUCAUCUACCGAGAUCUCAAGCCCGAGAACCUGCUCCUGGAUCGACAUGGUCACAUCAAGAUUACAGAUUUCGGUUUCGCGAAGGAGGUGCCGGACAUUACCUGGACUCUCUGCGGAACGCCGGAUUACCUCGCGCCCGAAGUCGUGAGCAGUAAAGGAUACAACAAGAGCGUUGACUGGUACGUGGCAUUUCAUGUGCCGAGGCUGCAGUCCGUACUAAUAUAGACACAGGUGGAGUUUGGGUAUAUUGAUUUUUGAAAUGUUGGCAGGGUUUACACCUUUCUGGGAUUCUGGAUCGCCUCUCAAGAUCUACGAAAACAUCCUCAAGGGCCGCGUAAAGUACCCUCCGUAUAUCCACCCCGAUGCCCAGGAUCUUCUGGGAAAGCUCAUUACAGCCGAUCUGACGAAGCGAUUGGGCAACUUGCACGGAGGCAGCAAGGACGUCAUGAACCACCCGUGGUUCGCAGAAGUCACAUGGGAGAGACUUGCAAAGAAAGACAUUGAUGCGCCAUACGUGCCGCCAGUCCGAGGAGGAGCGGGUGAUGCAAGCCUUUUUGACAAGUAUCCAGAGGAGACAGAAGCCUACGGGCAAGCAGGCGAGGAUCCGUGAGUGUUCGCAGAGCAAGAUUGAAAAGCACAUGCUGACAACACGACAGACACAAGAACCUUUUCCCCGACUUCUAA